UCUACGCCGUCGUUCCCGCACGGGCUCGGUUCGAAGUUACACCACCGCCGCCACCAUGCCGGUCGGAGUGGGAUGGCGGAGGCGCCGUCCGGCUGUCUAAGCGCCCUCCCUGGGGCUCUGCCUCAGCGGGCGUCCAUAGUCCCAGCGUAGGAGUCAGUCAGAGGAAGAUGCCCAAACUUAAGAGCUUUGAGUUUUGGAGAAACACACUCAAAGGUGCCCAUUUUGUGGUUGCUCCUAUGGUGGAUCAGAGUGAACUGGCUUGGAGACUUUUAAGCCGCCGCCAUGGAGCCCAGCUGUGCUACACCCCUAUGCUGCAUGCUCAGGUCUUUGUCAGAGAUGCCAAUUACCGUAAGGAAAACCUGUAUUGUGAUGUAUGCCCUGAAGAUAGACCUUUGAUUGUGCAGUUCUGUGCCAAUGACCCAGAAGUAUUUGUCCAGGCUGCCCUUCUGGCUCAGGAUUACUGUGAUGCUAUUGACCUGAAUUUGGGAUGUCCUCAAAUGAUUGCAAAGAGAGGGCACUAUGGAGCAUUCCUUCAGGAGGAGUGGGAUCUUCUUCAGAGGAUGAUUGAGUUGGCUAAUGAGAAGCUUUCUGUUCCUAUCACAUGCAAAAUCCGUGUUUUCCCAGAAAUUGGCAAGACUGUGAAAUAUGCCCAGAUGCUGGAGGAGGCUGGUUGUCAACUCCUGACUGUCCAUGGUCGCACUAAAGAACAGAAGGGGCCUCUUGCUGGUGUAGCCUCCUGGGAGCACAUACAGGCUGUGAGAAAGGCUAUAAACAUUCCUGUUUUUGCCAAUGGAAACAUUCAGUACCUCACUGAUGUGGAACAAUGUAUUCAGAAGACAGGAGUUCAAGGUGUCAUGAGUGCAGAGGGCAAUCUUCACAAUCCAGCUUUGUUUGAGGGAAGAAACCCUGCAGUCUGGGAGAUGGCUGAGGAAUACCUGGAAAUAGUUCAGCAGUAUCCUUGCCCACUGUCCUAUGUCCGGGCUCAUCUUUUCAAGCUUUGGCAUCAUACGCUGCAAGUGCACCAACAGCUGCGUGAUGAAUUGGCUAAAGUGAAGACACUAGAGGGACUUGUGGCUGUCAGCAGGGAGCUGAAAUUACAUUGCCAGAAGGAAAUAGCCCAUUUAAAGGAAGAAGAGAAGCCAAAGGGUGGAUUGCCUUUCUUCCAUUGGAUUUGUCAGCCAUAUCUCAGGCCUGGGCCCAAAGAGACAUGCAAGGAAAAUGGCACUAGUCGGAUAGAAGGAAAUACACGGGGAAAACGAGCUUUGGAGGAUGAGGAAGAUGGGAAUACAGAUUCUCUUUCAAAGAACAAACAAAAGAAGAAAUUAAGAAAUCCUAAUAAAAGUUUUGAUCCAUCCUUAAAACCUAAAUAUGCAAAGUGUGAUCAGUGUGGAAACCCAAAGGGCAACAAAUGUGUGUUUAACCUGUGCCGAGGAUGCUGUAAGAAAAGGGCUUUUAGAGAGACAGCAGACUGUCCAGGUCAUGGUCUGUUAUUUAAAACCAAAUACGAAAAGUCCCUUCUGUGGAAAAGUGGCCAAUCCAGUAUGGAAAGUAUUAAUGUGACAGCUCAACAAGGCGAGGUAGAGGAGACUAUAUUGCUCAAAGAAGUUAUUGAUGGUGUGGCAUGAGGCUGGAAAACCUCCACCUGGAUCUGCUCAGUGGUUUCUGUCUCCUUCCCUGGGCCAAAGAAAUCUCUGCUUCCAGAAUACAGCAGUUGAUUCCACAGACCUGUUCUUAAAUGAUUGACAAGUCUUAUUUAAGGAAAAGUUUCUUUCUCAGGGAAAUGUCCUGUAACGGAAAUAAAAAGGAUGCAAUGAAAGCUUUCAAUUCUGUGUUUGAAAGACUUCAGAAGACUGAGCCAGAAGUACUGGCCUUAACAUGCUGCAUUGGAGACACCUCUAAAGAUAUGACCUGUUUGUUUUAAACUUUGUGUGUGGUUUUAAAUCGGCAAAUAAAUCUUUUAUAUAAGUACAA